AUGGAGAACGAUGAUACCAACGUGCGCAUGGCAAAGAUGGAGGACCAACUGGCCCAACUCACCGCAAUGAUGCUUGAAAUAAGCCAGAAGCUUAAGGAACCCCCCGCUGUAGCUGUCAUUGGAACAUCCACUCCUACGUUAUCAGGACAUGCUUCCCCGUCGACGGGAGGCACGCACGUUGUUGAUCUCCCCGGGAAAGAAAUUGCCGGAGAAGCUCCUUCUGUCACGCCAGUCAUCGUCAAUUUGGAUCCUCCUUCGAAGGAAAACCCAACACCCCGCCUAAGUGACGAGAGUGAAAAACGUUUGGCAAAGAUGGAAGAGCGACUAUAUGUCUUGCAAGGUUACGAGUUGAAAGGAGCUGAUAGGUUAUCUCCAUACACCAAGACAAGCUUUCCUGAGAAUUUCCAGGAGCCUGAGUUCACAAGAAAUUUGGAAGGCAUUGCCCUGACGUGGUUCAUUGCGCUGGACAUUGAAGAAUUCACUAGUUGGGAUGACCUAACCAAUGAGUUCUUACAACAAUACCGGUUUAACACCGAGCUUGCCCCCACGAGGGAAGAGUUGACUCGCGUUGAGAAGAAGAGGAAUGAGUCAUUCAAGGCCUUCGCGCAAAGGUGGAGGACCAUGGCCUCACAAGUGAAGCCGGCCUUGAAUGAGAGGGAGAUGAAGCAGCUGUUCCUCAAGACAUUGCCCUAUGAAUACUUCCAAGGGUUAGUAUUCUCGGGUUGCCAAACAUUUUCACAUCUAGUUGAGGUAGGUGAAGGAGUUGAAUGGGCAAUGGUUGAGGGAAAGAGUUCAAACGGAGGUGCGAAGAAAUUCCCAGCAAGAAAAGAUAUGGAGGCUGCAAUUGAAGUAGCGCUUGUGCAAGAGCCCCAUUUCCCUCGGCCAACUGCAGCACCCGCGCACAAGCCUACGAUGGUUCCAGGUAGUUCAUCACAAGCAUUCGAUAAUGGCAAGAGGCCGUUUCGAAAGGGGUUUUCUCCACCACCACGCCCGCUGUCAAAGUUAUUGCCCAUGCUUCUUGAAAAGAGGAUGGUCGCAAAGGAGGUGCCUAGAGAUAACCCCCCGAGGGAAGCUCAGCCCAACGUGCAACAGAACCCUCUACCAAAUCAUGUAGGGGGAGUGAACUCAAUUUCCGAGGACACACGGGCGAGUCAGCAACCUCUAGUAUUGGAUGCUUCCGAGUUGUAUGAAUCCCUAGUGCUAGCGGGAUACUAUGAAGGCCAGAAGGAUGUGACCCUAGAAGAGAAAGUGAACCGCGUCCGUAGGAUGAUAACCAUGGGAGUAAUCAGACGCGGAGAAGAGGAAGAGAAGGUCGUAUCCGUGAUAAUGCCAUCAUCAUUCCGCUCAUCUUUCUGCAACUUUGCUGGUAUGUCUCGGGCGAGGAAGGCUAUGCAUGGAAUUUCGAAGACCCGAAGACUUUAUACGAGGAAGGGUUGA